AUGAGGAAUCUUUCGUACGAAUUUUGCAGGUUAACCCCACCUCCGCUUCCGAGCCCUAUGCCAGCAAAGCAGUACACCGCCCAGCUUUAUCCUGGUGUAUUAAGUAUUCCAGUGAAGGGGAACUUCGUAGGGUUCAGUGUUGAGUUGUCCGUGGCAAACCAAAUUCUGGGCACAAAUUCAUCAAGGCUUGCUGUUCCAUUCCUUAAUUACGUCGCUGGCCUCAAAUCUCGUUCCGGAGCUGCUCCGCCCAUUCGAGUGGGCGGCAAUACACAGGAAAAGGCACGAUUGUUUCUUCAAUCAUUUGAAAAUCGUCAAUUCAUCAACAAGACGGAAAAUAUCAAUCCCCUGAACCCUACUCGUACACCCGAUGUGGACAUUUCAUUGGACCUAUACUAUGCCAUGACGAACGUUAGCGCGUUAUUGGGAGUUGAAUGGUACAUUGGCCUGCCCUUCGCGGACGCAACGAACGUAACUGGGAUCUCAGCUAUGUUGGGCCACGCUGAGAAGAUCCUCGGAGAUAGGCUGGUUGCUGCUCAGCUGGCAAACGAACCGGAUUUGUAUGGCAUUGGUUCCCGCAAACGACCGAAUCCGUAUCCCAUCGGAAGUUUCAUGGAUGAAUGGGGACGUGCAAUCGAAGCAAUCAACAACGAUCCCCUGGUGAGCAACAAGCAGAGCCUCCUUGGGCCAAGUAUCUGUUGUAAUAUCGACGGCCAAUGGAGUAUCGACCAAGUGAUCCAAGCCGGCUUCGUGACUGGGUUCGACAGCAAUUUAAAGAUUUUGACCGUGCAACGUUAUCCCCAUGACAACUGUGAUCCGAUCAAUCCAACUAACCCACAGACUCUGUAUGCGGAUUACCUCUCUCACACUAAUCUUGUCAACGUCGUGAAGGAAUACAAUAGUGCGUCUGCAUAUGCGUUGCAGCAUGGAAAACCGUUGGUAAUGUUCGAGACUAAUACGGCUUCUUGCGGUGGGUUUGUGGGGCUCUCCGAUAGUUUUGGAGCCGGGUUAUGGGGCAUUGACUAUUCGCUUCAAAUGGCAUGGGCAAAUUUCUCGAAUGUACUUUACCACUUUGGUGGUCAAACCGUCGCGUACAAUGCAUUUACUCCACCGCCCGGAACAAUUAAUAUUGAAGAUAACUUUGGCUGGACUACAGGACCAAUGUACUACAUGAUGCUUAUGGUCGCGGAAGCACUGGGUCCCUCGAAUAGCUCUCGGGUCGUUGAUCUCAAGCUUAACAACAACAAUCCUUACACCCCUGGAUAUGCAAUCUAUGAAGGACCUAAUCCAACAAAACUGGUACUGAUAAAUUAUAUGAAUGAUCCAAGUGGUGCGGCUGAUACCAUCGUUACGGUGUCGGUCGGAGGGGGAACUACGAACGUGCCUGCGCAAAAUCCGCAGACCGCAUACGUGAGGUACUAUAGUGCAAAUUCCGUGACACAAAAGUACAAUCUUACGUAUGCCGGCCAGACGAUGGGCGCGCCGUUCCAGUCCGAUGGGAGAUUGCGAGGAAAGCGGGACACUCAACAGAUCACGUGCGAUGCAAAUACAGGUUGUCGAAUCCCUCUCAAGGGGCCGUCGGCUGCGCUCGUGUUCCUAACCCAAGAUUCGCUCAACGCGGUUAACACCGGGGUAGAUGAUGACACAGGAGACCCGUCGAAUACAUUCCCUACCACUACAGAAACAGGCAGGUAUGCCUACGGUGCGAAGGUUGAUCAGGGCGUCCUGCAGACAUCGAAUGGGCGUGGAGGUAAGGAGGAGAGGAAGAAACAGGGACUUCGAACGAGCCAUGGGGACUUGGAGAAUGGGACUGCCAACAAAAGAGUUGUGGGGGUAUCCGGUCUAGUAAUUGGGAUGAUGGUUGUCACCGCUGUAGGCUUGUUCACUUCCUCUGGUACACGAAUUUGA